CCGCCAUGGGCCGCCCCCCGCCGCCGCUCCGCCUGCUCCUCGCCCUCUUCAGCAUCCUUCUGCUGCCGCCGCUGCUGCUGACCGGGAUCACCGCCGGCGCCGGGACCCGCCGCGCCCCACCCACCGGCUCCACGUGCGCAGCCUCACGCCAGGCCGCCUGCGGUGCCAGCUGCAUCCCCGUUCCCUGGCUCUGCGAUGGUGAACAGCAGUGUCCUGAUGGGACGGAUGAGCAGUGUGAUGUUGCCUGUGGUGGGGACCCCCACGUUUGGCAGUGUGACGAUGGCCGGUGUGUUUCUAGCAGCUGGCGUUGCGACGGUGCUGCUGACUGCCUGGAUGGCUCUGAUGAGCAGGACUGUGUGUGUGGGCCAAAGAAGGUGCAGUGUCCCGGCACCCACCACUGCAUCCCACACUGGGAGCUGUGCGAUCGGCACCAGGACUGCGAGGAUGGCUGGGACGAGGAGGGGUGUCCCCAGCAGCCCUGUCUGCCUGGGCAGUGGCAGUGCAGGAACAGGGUGUGCAUCAUGGCCGAGUGGAAGUGCAACGGGAUUGAUGACUGUGGCGAUUCCUCGGAUGAAGAUGUCUGCGCCCCCUGCCCGCCUGGCAUGGUGCGGUGCGACGAGGGGAAGUGUAUCCUGGAGUCCCUGAUGUGCAAUGACGAGGACGACUGCCUGGACGGCACUGACGAGCCCAGCACGUGCGGUCGGAGCUGCUUUGUACGCAAUGGGGGCUGUGCAGAGACGUGCACUGACACGCACUGGGGAGUGCAGUGCUCCUGCGGGGCCGGCUGGGUGCUGCAGGCGGAUGGACAGAGCUGUGCUGAUGUGGACGAGUGCUCCCUGGAGUACAGCCCCUGCAGCCAGCUGUGCAGCAACACCCCGGGCACUUUCAGCUGUGCCUGCCUCCAGGGCUACACCCUGUGGCACGGCACCACCUGUGAAGUGGCAGACAACGCAACGCAGAUCCUGGUGGCCGUGGGGCAGGACCUGGCCCUUCUGGAUGUGCGGACCCAAGCCUACCGGCCCCUGCUCUCCAGCGAGACCGAACCCCGUGCCGUGGUGUACGACCUGCUCCGAGAAACCUACUACUGGCUGACAGAGGAGGGCGAGCUCCGCACUCACCUCCCGGGGAAGGGCACGCGGCCCCUCUAUGCAGAUGUCGAGGAGGUGAACAGCAUCUCUGUGGACUGGUUCACAGGGCAGCUGUACUGGGCCAGCAGCCACCCUGCAGCCAUCUGUGCAGGGCUGGGCGAUGGCCGGGGCUAUGUGACAGUGCUGGGGAAGGAUGUGGCACCGGAGCAGCUGACAGUGCAUCCGGCUGCAAGGUCCCUGUACUGGGUCAACCGUGGGCAGAGGGGCCGAACAGUCAUUGCUGCAGCUGGCAUGGAUGGCUCAAACCGGCGGGAGCUCACAGUGGUGUCCAUGGAGGAGCCUGUGGGGCUGAGCCUGGACCAUGUGGCUGGCAGGCUGUACUGGAUCAGCGAGUACAAGGAGUCCAUCGAGACACUGCGGGUGGAUGGCAGCGGGCGCCACUCCUUUCCUGCUGUCCUGCGGAGCCACACGGAGCCACUGGGCCUGGCUGUGUUUGAGAGCCGGUUCUUCUGGACCGAUGGCACAGAGCUGGUGUCGGCCACCCAGGCCUCUCCCCAGGAGCACGCAGUGUUGCUCCGCGCACCUGUCUCGGCUUUCACUGUGCUGCAUGAGCUGCAGCAGCCUCCCCGGGACACUGCUGCGUGUGCUCCGGGCCUGUGCAGUCACCUUUGCCUCCUGUCCCCUGUGCACCCUCGGGGCUACAAGUGUGCGUGUCCAGAGGGCCUCUUCCUCCUGCCCUCAGGGAAGUGUGCAGAGCUGUCCAUCAUGUAUGCGUCGGGGAAGGCCAUCUCCCUGGUGCAGGUGGGCCCUGGAGCACGCAGCAAAUGGGUGCAGGAGUGGCAGGAGCCCCUCCACCUGCAAGAUGUGGACUGGCAGAGGUCAGUGCUCUACGGGACGGAUGACCGUGGGACGCUGCUGCGUGUCGUGGGGCACCCUGGCAGGAGAGAGGCCAUUGCAACUGGGCUGCCAGUCUGCUCUGCCCGUGUGGACAUCCACUCGGGGGACCUGUACUGGCUCGCGUGUAACCGGAGGGACAUCGGGGUGAUCCAGGCGUCUGACAUGUCCCCGCGCAUCCUGCACCGUGCUCGCAGCAGCAUCCAGCACCUCUUCUUGGACUGGCAGCGGGGUGCUCUGUACUGGCUAGCCCGCGGGCAGCCCCUGCAGCAGCUGAGCCUGGCCGGGGGUGCUCCGUGGGAUGCCUGGAACGAGACAUGGCCUGGAGACCUGCCUGUGGCCAUGGAUAGCAGAGCCUUCAGCCUGCUCUGGAGCUCAGCCCUGGGCCUGCGGGCACUGAGUCUAACCAAGCGGCAAGCAGUCACCCUGGCACCCAGCUGGUCCCACGGCCUUGUGGCCGCCUUUGAGCCAUACCUGGUGUCGGCAAACGGGACGGCUCUGCUGCUGUGGGACCGGAGGACGCUGGCCCUUGUGCUGUCCAUACCAGCAGCAGGCGUGCAGGGAGUGGUGGCCUUCGUGGGCUCGGAGCUGCAGGCUGUGCCACCAAGCAAGGGGUCUGACCUGCCGCUCCCUCCACCUGUGACCACCACUACAAGAACAACCACAAGCACCACUGCUGCUCGGCCCACCACCUCCACCACAAGAUCUACGCCAAGCAAGACCACCACUGCGCCCUCCACUACUCCUGCACCAACCAGCAAGGCUACCACAACACCAACCACCACCGCUGCUCGGCCCACCACCUCCACCACAAGAUCUACGCCAAGCAAGACCACCACUGCGCCCUCCACUACUCCUGCACCAACCAGCAAGGCUACCACAACACCAACCACCACCAGCCAGUCCACAUCAACCAAGACCACCCCUGUGCCAACCACUGCCCGGACCACACCAACAAAGACCACCACUGUGCAGCCAGCCACCACCAGCACCACCACUACUUGGCCCUUGCCAACCAAGACCACUGCCCCACGGCCAACUACCACCACCCAGCGCCCAACCAGUCCUGCACGGGUAGUGCCACCUACCCCAGCCCUCCCAUCCAGCCCUGCACACCCCCUGACCCCAGUCCUCCAUCUGUCCUGUCCUCGCACGCAUGUGCCCUGCCGUGAUGGCACUGAGUGUGUGGACCAGGAGUACCUGUGUGAUGGGGAGAAGGACUGUGCAGAUGGCUCUGAUGAGGACGGGUGUGCCCAGCUCUGUGACACCCCAGGGGCGUUCCACUGCGUGAGCGGAGCUGCAUGCGUUGGGGCUGGGGAGCGCUGCGAUGGGGUGCCGCAGUGCCCCGACGCCUCGGAUGAGACAGGCUGCUGGAGCCCCACGCAGGAGUGCGCCCUGCGCUGUGACGCUGCCACCCGCUGCAUCCCCGAGAGCUGGCUGUGUGAUGGCCAUGCCGACUGCCUGGACCAUGCCGAUGAGCAGGGCUGUGUGCCGAAGAAGUGCAGCCCGGCCGAGUUCCCCUGCCGGAGCGGGCAGUGCGUGGCCCUGGCCCUGCGCUGUGACGGUGACCGUGACUGCCGGGAUGGCUCGGAUGAGGAGGGCUGCGCCGUGCCCCGGCCGCUGCUCUGCCGCACGGGUGAGGUGGCGUGUCCCCGCAGCGGGGAGUGUGUGCCGGAGGCCUGGCGCUGCGAUGGUGCUGCUGACUGUGGGGAUGGCACAGACGAGCAGGGCUGUCCCUGGGAGGAAGGGCUGUGUGGGGACCGGCAGUGGGGCUGCUCCCAUGGCCACGAGUGCAUCCCUGAUGUCUGGCGCUGCGAUGGAGAGAGUGACUGCACAGAUGGCAGUGACGAGGCUGGCUGCCAACCUGCUCCCUGCCAGAGUCAUGAGUACCCAUGUGGGCUAGGGGCCUGCCUGAAUGCAUCCCUGGUGUGCGACGGCCGGCAGGACUGUGCGGAUGGCUCGGACGAGGCGGGGAAGUGCUCUGUGCCCUGCCAGCGGUCCUGCGCUCAUCUCUGCUACCCCUCGCCCCAGGGCCCUCGGUGCUGGUGUGACCUGGGCUAUCGGCUGGCCAAGGAUGGUCUGUCCUGCAUGGACAUAGAUGAGUGCACAGAGCGGGGCAAGGGAGCCUGCAGCCAGACGUGCCUCAAUGCCCUGGGGUCCUACAGCUGUGGCUGUCUCCCUGGCUACCUGCUGGAGCCCGACGGCCGCGUCUGCAAACUUGCUGGACCAGAACCCAUGUUGCUGGUGGCCGUGCAGUCAGAGGUGUUGUCCUAUGGCCUGCGGAGUGGGCGUGAGGAGGUGCUGCUCACCACUGACAAGGAUCGUGUUGUCUUCUCGCUUGACUAUGACCUGGUGGAGAGGAAAGUCUUCUGGAUGGACCUGGCCACAGAGAGCAUCCGCUGGCAGGACCUCGACUUGGGCAAGAAAGGCACACUGGUGAAAGGUGUGAGAUCGGACUGUAUAGCAGUGGACUGGCUCGGGAGGAACCUGUACUGGACAGAUGGGGCAGCAGGGCAGGUGCUGGCCACUCGCCUGGGGGCUGCCUGGCGAGGGAUACCGGAGUACACUGUGGUGAUGGAUGGAGACCUGGACCGGCCCCACUCCCUGGUGCUCCAGCCUCUGGCAGGGCUGCUGUAUUGGUCAGAGGUGGGGAGCCACCCACGGCUGAUGGAGGCCACUAUGGAUGGGAGUUGGCGGCACGUGCUGUUGGCCCAGGGGCUGGGCUGGCCCACAGCACUGGCCCUCGACCUCCCCAUGUGGAGGAUCUUCUGGCUGGAUGAGAAGCUGGGCAUUGUUGGUUCUGCACAUCUGGAUGGCACCAGUGUGAAGGUCCUGCAGCUGGGAUGGGUCCGGAGCCCCUUCGCGGCGGCUGUGUGCGAGGGGCAGCUCUACUGGUCGGAGAGGAAGUCAUGGUCCGUGCAGCAGGUGGACAAGGCCAGCGGCAAGAACAGGACUGUGCUGCUCAAGCGACACGGGCAGCCCCACGGCCUCCAGGUGAUGCACCCAGCCCUGCGCCCCGUGGCCCCUAAUCCAUGCGUGACACGUGGCUGCUCCCACCUGUGCCUGCUGAGCGCCAGGCACGCUGGGCAGUGCCGGUGCCCUGCCGGGCUGACGCUGGCCGCCGAUGAGACUACCUGCCUGCCCCUCCGCGAUUCAGCCUUUGCCCUCCUGGUGUCACCGGCAGCCGUGGCGCAGGUCUACCUGAAGGACCUGCCCGCAACGGCUGGAUCCCAAGGCCUUCCCCCGCACCGGGCCCUGCCCUUGGCCAAGGUGGGCCGCCUGACAGCCAUCGACUACGCAGUGAAAGACAAGAGCCUGUACUUUGCGGAGGUGGGGAGCGACUCCAUCGGGCUGCUGCGCUUGAAGGACUGGGGCCGGCUGUCCUGGAAGCAGGCGGUGGCUGUGGAGGGCACGGUGACAUCCCUGGCCCUGGACUGGCUGAGUGGGAACCUGUACUGGAUCGGGGGGCAGCCGCCCAGCAUCCACGUGGCAGCUCCCGGGGGGCGGUGGGCCCUGGUGCUGCUCAGCAAGGGGCUGCAGGGCGCUGCCUGGCUGGCGCUGUGCCCUCGUGCCUCCACCAUGUGCUUUGUCACGGUGGAUGGCAGCCGCAGGCCCAGCGCCGCGGUGGAGUGUGUGGCCAUGGACGGCACUGGCCGCAGAACGAUCUGGAGGAGAGCCCGGGCUCCCACUGGCCUCACCUUCGGGGGUGCUGGCACUCGGCUGUACUGGGCAGACCCUGAGAGAGGCACCAUCAGCAGCGUCGAGCUGGACGGAUCCCACUUCCGGGUGGUGCGGGAAGGGCUGCAUGGUCUCUCACUCUUCGCCAUCGGAGAAGGCUUUCUGCUCUGGAGCACGACCUCAACCAACGGCUCCAGCAAGAUCUGGCACAGCCGGCUGGAGCACGCCAAGAGCUGGUGGUUCCCGAUGGAGCAGGAGCUGGUAGCCAUGAAGAUUUACAGCCAGUUCUCGCAGGAAGGCACCAACGGCUGUGCGAAGAGCAACUGGGGGCUGUGCCCAGCUCUGCCUGCCCAACCCUGCAGGGCGGCUGUGCCGCUGCUCCCCUGGCUACCACCUGGUGCGUGGGGUGGCAUGCACGCUGGCCCUGCCCUGCCCGGCCCCACUCCAGGCCUGCCCUGACCUCCAGAGCUGCAUCUCUGGAGAGCAGAUCUGCGAUGGGCACCCCGACUGCGUUGACGGCUCCGAUGAGUCUGACUGCCCCUCCGUGGAGGUGGGGACGCAGGUCCCCACAGUGGCAUCAUCAGGAAUGUCCCAGAAACCAGCCUUACCCACAGCUGCACCCAAGCCUUGGCAGCCCGGCCCCAGCCUGCCCGCAGCUCCUGGUCCCCAGGAGCAUGGGGAGCCCUUCCUGGUACACCCCAGCACCGAGGAGGUGCUGGGGGCCGUGCCGUGCAGCAGCGAGACGUGUAACCUGCGUGGGGACUGUGCCAUCGAGGCUGGGCGAGUGACAUGCCACUGCGCCCUGGGCUAUCGUGGUGACUACUGCGAGGAGGCAGAGGUGCAGCCCGUUGCAGGACCUAUCGCCCUGGGGGUGGCCGUGCUCCUGCUGCUCGCUGCUGCUGCUGUGGGGGCCCUGGCCUACAUGCGGAGGCGGGACAGGCGGAGGAGGACCUCAAGCACUGCCUCCACCCGGGUGCUGACCUUGUACCACCGUGAAAGUGACCCUGAGGAAGAGGAUGAGGAGGAGGAAGAGCUUCCCCCCAAGAGUGAUACCUUUGUGAAUGAAGCUUACGAUGGGAAAGAGGAGCUGCCAGCCCCACUGAGGAAGGGACCAUCUUGCCCCGACACUGUAUUUUCAUAAAGGAACGUUGUGCAGCA